AUGGCCUGCCACAGGAAAAGUAGCAAAAGCAAAGAUGUUUCUGAAGAGGAUUCCAUUUUGAAAAUUGCUUCGUUGGGUCCAGGUUUGGAAGCGAAAUUUGACGAAUUGAAAUUUGAAAUUGUUCAUAAAAUUGAGAAAGAACUAGUCGACGCGCAGAAUGCUAGAGAUUUCAUCACCCAUAAGUAUGAUGAACUGUGUAAUAAGAUACAGUAUUUGACAGAGCUGGAUGCAACUGUGUUAGGUUUCAGAACAGAUGUGAAAGCAAUAGAGAAACAGAUUUCAGAACUGUCCAUGCGCGUUGACGACAUUGAAAAGAGAACUAUUUGUCAAGAAGUCGCGUCACUAACUUCGUCCUUGUUUUGA